ACGACUAGAACAUAAUAAGUAAAACACACAAGCGAUCUAGUCCUUUUGGGUGAUAGACCAUUAUAUAACAAAGUAACUAAGGUAAAAAACGAAAGCAACAACUGGUUUUACAAUACUAGAAUUAAAGGGAAAAAAAAGGUGGGGGGAACCCACAAAGCAAGCAAAGGCCUACAUCAAAAGGUCAUUCAAAGACUCAAGAGAUCCUCCUUUGUGGUCCUCUCCUAUUUAUAAAUGUGUUCAACUCCAAUUCAACUUCAAAAACCAAAGUUAAAAGCACUUCCUUCUUAACCCUCCACUCCCCUUCUUCCAUUCAUUCACCAGCCAACUCCAACAACCGUAGAAAUAACAACACUAAAAAUUCAUUAGGCCAUGCCCCUUAAUUCAGUUGCUCCAAAACCAGAAACUUGCAACAUUCAAGUGAUGGGAGCUCAGCCCUUAUCACCACAGUCCUUUCUCCAACUGAACUUGAGCCCCAUUACUCUCAAGGUCUUCUCGAUUAAUCUCCAACAAAUCUCAAUCUGUUUAGAUAUGUAUACAUAACCAUACUUUUCAUUGUUGAAAAAAAUGGCUAAAACUACUAAUUUUGGAUGGAGAAAAUGACAGUAGGAAAAAGGAAUUUGGAUUCCUAAUUGAAAGAAUCUUUUUAGCUCAUGUUUGUCCAUGUCUUUUGCAGUUUGAAGAUAUAGUAUACAAAGUGACAAUUGAGAAGAAAGGAAUAUGUUUCGGAUCAGGCGAAAAAUCGAGCAAAGAGAAGACAAUACUAAAUGGUCCAACAGGGAUGGUUUGUCCUGGAGAGAUACUUGCUAUGUUAGGUCCAUCAGGCAGUGGGAAAACAACCCUUUUAACAGCUCUUGGAGGCCGUUUAUCCAGCAAGCUAUCAGGGAAGAUCUCCUACAACGGGCAACCGAUUUCGGGUCAUAUCAGGCGGCAAACCGGUUUUGUAACUCAGGAUGAUGUCCUGUAUCCACACCUCACAGUGUUUGAAACACUUUUCUUCACAGCAAUGCUAAGGCUGCCAAACAGCCUGACAAGAGAUGAGAAAAUCCAGCAUGUUGAGCAUGUAAUAGCAGAGCUGGGAUUGAUCAGGUGCAGGAAUAGCAUGAUUGGAGGGCCACUUUUCAGAGGGAUUUCUGGUGGAGAGAAAAAGAGAGUUAGCAUUGGACAGGAAAUGCUAAUCAACCCGAGUUUGUUGUUGCUUGAUGAGCCCACCUCUGGUUUGGAUUCCACCACUGCGAUGCGCAUUAUGACCACCAUCAAACGCCUCGCCGGCGGCGGCAGGACGGUGGUGACUACCAUCCAUCAGCCUUCUAGCCGUAUUUACCAUAUGUUUGAUAAGCUGGUUUUGCUGUCCGAGGGCUGUCCAAUUUUCUAUGGCCCUGCAUCAACUGCACUGGAGUACUUCUCUUCCAUCGGCUUUUCGACUUCCCUGACCGUGAAUCCUGCUGAUUUCCUGCUGGAUCUUGCAAAUGGAAUCGGGUCUGAUCCGAAGAAUGCAAUCGAGCUAGGUGAAAGCUCUGAAAAGGAACAGAAGUUGGUGAGAGAAGCUUUGGUAACUGCUUAUGAAAAUAGUAUUGCUACAAGGUUGAAAGAUGAGCUAAUCAGCAUAGACAUCAACAACUACGCUCACACCAAGGAUACUGCUUCCAUUAAGCGUGAGAGAAAGUCGGAACAGUGGUGCACAAGCUGGUGGCAUCAGUUUAAUGUGUUACUUCAUAGGGGUAUUAGAGAAAGGAGAUUUGAAACCUUCAACAGAUUAAGGAUUUUCCAAGUCAUCAGUGUUGCAAUACUUGGAGGGCUUCUUUGGUGGCAUACCCCAAUGUCUCACCUUGAAGAUCAAAUUGCUAUGCUAUUCUUCUUCUCGGUUUUUUGGGGAUUCUACCCACUCUACAAUGCUGUUUUUACAUUUCCUCAAGAAAGAAGGAUGCUAAUCAAGGAAAGAUCAUCAGGAAUGUACCAUCUCUCUUCAUACUUCCUAGCAAAAACAGUGGGUGAUCUUCCACUUGAGCUUGCACUACCAACAGCAUUCACUUUCAUAAUAUAUUGGAUGGGCGGCCUAAAACCCGAACCAAUCACUUUCAUCCUCUCCCUUCUCGUCGUCCUCUUCAGUGUCCUUGUUUCGCAGAGCUUAGGAUUGGCUUUCGGCGCAAUACUGAUGGAGGUAAAACAAGCCACAACCUUAGCAUCCGUGACAACGCUAGUUUUCCUCAUUGCCGGUGGCUACUACAUUCAGCAGAUUCCGCCAUUCAUAGUCUGGCUCAAAUACUUAAGUUACAGUUACUACUGUUUCAAGCUGCUUCUUGGAGUUCAAUUCAGUGAAGAUGACUACUAUGAGUGCUCAAAAGCAGUAUAUUGCAGGGUUGCAGAUUUCCCUUCUGUAAAAUCAGUUGGUCUAAACCAUCUAUGGGUAGAUGUAGCCAUUAUGGGACUGAUGCUUGUAGGAUAUCGCUUCAUUGCUUAUCUAGCAUUGCACAGAGUCAGAUGAAGAAAAAAGUUCAAGACGACCAAGCAGAUGAUGAUCAAGAAAAAAAAGCACAUUUGAAGAGUUUUCCUUCUCCACUUCUUCAAGUGUGUGGAAUAAUUUUGGAUUCGGAUUAGACGCCGCCACCCCUCUGCCAGAUGAAUGAUCCAACAACAUAUACCAAAAGUUUUGAGAGGCAUAACAUACUAGUAGUGGCUUGUUGGAAAAGCACUGACUUAGUAUAGUUCUGCAGAAUAAAAUUUUUUUGUAACAUUUUGCAGCCGAAAAAAAAAAAAAACCCAAUGUAAAAACAUGGGAGAUCAGACCAUUAGUACUAAAAAGUAAGUUAUAUGCUAAAUGCAACAAAGGUCCACUGAGUUUCAGAUCAAUGUGGGGCUUUUUAUUAAACCUUAAAACCACUUAAUUUAGUAACUCCAACUGAACUUAGGAUCCACCCGGGAAAAAGAACGAAUUCUUUUAAGAAACUCAGUUGGAAUACAUGUAAUAACCACAUCACACAAAGCUCUAUGCACACCAAAGUACUAUAUUUUUCCUGCACCAUUGGUGUUUUGUCUUUCUGCGGUCCAGUCUUAAAAACUCAUCUUCUAGUUGGGACAGAAACAGGAUAAAGCACACUACAAUCUUUUAUAAUGAACUGCAGUAAGGUCACAGGGCCACCAAGCAUUCUUCAAAAGUGAUCAUACUUUCGCGGGGUGGCAAUUUGUGAUACGAUGCAAAAACACUGUAUAAUAUCUCAUUACAAUGCCAAAGAACUAAGUUAGUUUUGUUUAGUGCAGACAACAACAUUGACACUAUCAGCAAAGGAAGUUAACACCAGUAAUCCAAUACCAAAUACAUUCAGCAGAUACUGCAUAUUUUUUUACCUCUUUGUCACCUUGGAAAGUUUCACAAUAUAUGUAUUACAUAGUUGGAAUAAGAGUGAUCAACAUCGCUUAAGUUUUCAAGAAAAUCGACAAAAUAGUGAGAAACUGGUAGAAAGGGAAGCUCCCUGAGUAAAUACAGAAGAAGCACAUAAAUCAGUCAUUAAACAAGAAGUGACCCCAAAAUCCUUGUCAUUAAUUUCCUACUUGAAAAAAGUUUACCUGUGUAGUCUACAACUCUUUCCCUCAGUGAGACAAAUAGAAGGUCAGUAGGGUGUAGGUGUAUAUCAUAUAUGGAUGGAUAGCUCCAUUCAUUGUUAUGGUGGAGGGGCUGCAGUUUCCAGUAAUGAUGGCUAGAGGGGUGAUCUUCUUCCUUCUUUACAUUUCUAUGAGUAAAUUUUUUUCAAAAAAAGAAGAAGGAAAAUAAUAGUAGAAGCAAUGGAUGAAUAAGUUGAAGUGGAAUCACAAAAGGCAAUCAAUGGCCAAACUUGAGUGGAAAUCUGAGAAGUACAAGCAAGAAUCAUCAUGGACCAAAAUGUGCAUCAUAGUAAAUACUUU